AUGGAGAACCAAACUGAUUCAUUGGUCUUCAUUUUUCUUGGACUUUCCAGUGAUCCUCAACUACAGAUUUUCUUUUUCUUUAUCUUUUCAAUCAUUUUUCUACUUACAUUGUCAGGAAAUAUCACAAUAAUUUUGAUCAUAAGAAUGGAUCCAUCCCUCUCUGCACCCAUGUAUUGUUUCCUGUCUCAUUUGUCUGUUGUUGAUAUCUGUUAUUCUGCAGAUAUUGUCCCUAAGAUGUUAAUGGACUUUCUUAUGAAACAUAAGAAAAUUUGCUUCACCAGCUGUGUUACACAAAUGUUUUUCAGUCUUCUAUUAAGUGUUACAGAAGUUUUUAUACUUUCAGCAAUGGCAUAUGAUAGAUACAGUGCUGUUUGUCACCCACUUCAUUACAUAAUGAUCAUGAAUAAAGCAUUAUGCACAUCUAUGGUUAUAGGAGCAUGGAUAAUGGGGUUGUUGUUUGCAACCAUAAACACAGUUCCCAUAUUUGCCGUACAGUUUUGUGGUCUUCCUGAAAUUAAUCACUUCAGCUGUGAACUUCCACCAUUUUUGAAAGCAUCUUGUUCUGACACUUUUCUUAAUAAUUGUAUUCUUUUGUUUUCUGUAUUGAUUUUUGGACUUGGUUCCUUCUUACCAACUUUAGUCUCCUAUAUCCACAUCAUCACCAGUAUCAUGAAGAUCCAUACUUCAGAAGGCAGGAAAAAAACUUUCUCCACCUGCAGCUCUCAUCUCAUGGUGGUGGGUUUGCUAUAUAUGACAGGAAUGUCUCAGUACAUGAAACCUAGCAGUGUUUCUUCAAUUAUACUAGACAUGCUUUUCUCUAUUCAGUACAGCAUUUUGACUCCCAUGCUGAACCCAAUUAUCUAUAGUCUGAAAAAUGAGGAAGUGAAGAAGGCACUUAGAAGAAUAUUUACAAAAAAGUAA